AUGGCCAAGAACUCGGCUGACAAAUCGGCAACCGCUGCUACGCUUAAAAAGGAGGUGCCGGUAGCUAUAGCUGUUGAAAAGCUGCCAGUACCGGUAACUAUCGCAACGCUUGUUUCUGCUGCAAGUGUUGAAGAGAAAAUCUCGUAUGGCGAUUACCCUUUCAAUACGGCGCUAACUAUAGGGAUUGUCAAAACCACAAUGAUUCAAGAAAACAUGACGAUUCAUGUAUCAGCAGAUCCUAACGAAAUGAGCAAAGAAUUCGAAGUAUUCACAUAUAACACCAUGUCCAACACCGAUGCAAAUGCUGGAAGGAUCAUUUUUCGUGAAGGAACCAAAAGCUUCAAACACUUCAAGCAUAUAGGCAUUUUGUCGUACACUGUAAGAGAAGUUUCAAAUGAGCUGGAGUAUGAAGCUUUUCUACUCGAAGCCAAGGCCGCGAAUCUUUAUUACAGCAAGAAUGUGCCCUGGAUGUUGCAUAGUGGCAUGAAGGCGGGAUCAUGCGAAAUCUUUGGGCCUCCUGCAAAUUUGGGAAUCGCUUCCGGAAGAAUGGCUCUACCAGCAUAUAAUACGAAUCCGCUCUAUGCUUCAACGUCAACAUCGCUCAAUAGUCAAGAGAUGAAAACAAACAGCUUGAAAAAGUAUAUUGUCGACCUCUUCCAGUGGGAGAGGCAUAAUUACGAUGCCGAUAUUGGUUUGUCGGAGGAUUUCAUAGGAAAGGCUGUAAAAGCAGACAAUAUGGACAUCCUGCGCGAUAAUCUGCAGAUGUUCGUCAGUGAAGGGUGUCUCCAGAACACGACAGUUGAUAAGCAUUACUCUCUCAUCCGUCGUCCAUAG